AAUAUGUCUGUUACAGGCAGUCAUCUUAGAUCACAUCUGAUUAGUAAUGUCUAACACUAAGAAAAUUACCUUCUGGAACCCGUUUUAUAUUCAUGAUUUCGACAGAUGGAAUAUGCCUCCUACCCUCUGCCCCCUACCUUUUUUUCCCUCUCAAUCUUUUAUCUCAUCAGAAUAAACUGUCAACAUGGCAUCACAAUAGAAAACGAAGGGCUAUUUUCAUGGAGUCUAGAUCUUUCUCUUUGUGUUGGACCACCAAUUUCUCAGUUUAUAUAUAUACAACUCCAAACUCCACUGCCUUUCUAAAGAAACUCCUUAUCAAAUCUCCCUGAAGAAAAAAAUAAGUUCCACAUUAAAGUACUUUAAAAAAAAAAUGGUGGGAUUUCUGCCUUUUAUAAUCAUGAUUCUAAUUCUUUAUCUUUUGGUUUCCCCCACGUAUGCUGGUGAGUUCUAAGUUUUGGGUCAUUGUUGUAGGAGGAAGCACAACAGUUAAGCAAAUGGGAAGGCUAUGUAGAUUGGAGGAUCAGACCUGCCUUGAAAGGCCAUCAUGGUGGAAUGCUUGCUGCCUCCUUUGUCUUGGUUGUGGAGGUGCUGGAGAAUCUAGCUUACCUGGCGAAUGCAAGCAACCUAGUACUAUACCUCUUGAAAUUCAUGCACUUUUCUCCAUCCUGCUCCGCAAAUAUUGUAACCAAUUUCAUGGGUACUGCCUUUCUCCUUGCUCUCCUUGGUGGCUUCUUAGCAGAUGCUUUCUUCACCACCUAUUGCCUCUACCUGAUAGGUGCUGCAAUAGAAUUUAUGGGUCUGUUAAUACUCACAGUGCAAGCCUGCAUACCUUCAUUGAAACCACCAGCAUGUUCUUUAGUGAAUACCAAAACUCCUUGCCAAGAAGUCACUGGUGGGAAAGCAGCUUUGCUGUUUGCAGGCCUUUACUUGGUGGCGCUAGGUGUCGGAGGAAUAAAAGGUUCACUUCCCCCACAUGGGGCUGAGCAGUUUGAUGAAACCACUCCACAAGGAAGGAAGCAAAGGUCGUCAUUCUUCAACUACUUUGUUUUCUCCCUCUCUUGUGGAGCCUUAAUUGCAGUAAGCUUUGUGGUAUGGAUUGAAGAUAACAAAGGCUGGCAGUGGGGUUUUGGGAUAUCUACGGCAACAAUACUGACCUCAAUCCCAAUUUUCCUCCUUGGCUCACCUUUUUACAGGACCAAAACACCAUCAGGAAGCCCCAUAACAACCCUAAUUAAGGUAUUAGGUGCCUCAAUUUACAACUGCAAAUCUAAGAGGCCUAGAAAUGCAGUCAUGGGUAUGGACAUGGGCUCGUCCAAUACAACUGAAAUCAAUAAUGGAAAAGAAUGCAAUACCAAACAAAAGGGCCCAAGUCAAACUCUCACAGAAGAUCUCAGGUUCCUUAACAGAGCAGUUGGAAACCAGACUGCCCACCCAAUAUUACAGUGCACGGUAAAGCAGGUGGAAGAAGUCAAGAUCGUAGUGAGAAUUAUUCCAAUUUUUAUGUCAACUAUAAUGCUAAACUGCUGUCUUGCUCAGCUCUCCACAUUUUCUGUCAACCAAGCAGCCACCAUGAACACCAUGCUUGGUUCCCUAAAAGUUCCACCAGCAUCUCUCCCCAUCUUCCCUGUCAUCUUCAUGAUGAUCCUUGCACCAAUCUAUAACCAUGCAAUCAUUCCAUUUGCUAGAAAAAUAACAAAGACUGAAAUGGGAAUUACUCAUCUACAGCGGAUAGGAACAGGGUUGGUUCUAUCUAUCAUUGCCAUGGCAGUGGCAGCCCUGGUGGAAAUCAAACGAAAAAAAGUAGCAGCUGAAUCAGGGCUAGUUGAUUCUUCUGAACCUCUACCAAUUACGUUCCUUUGGGUGGCCUUGCAGUACUUGUUUCUUGGAUCAGCUGAUCUUUUCACCUUAGCUGGCAUGAUGGAAUUCUACUUCACUGAAGCCCCAUUAAGCAUGAGAUCUUUGGCCACUGCUCUAUCUUGGGCCUCACUUGCCAUGGGAUACUAUUUCAGCUCGGUGCUUGUAUCAAUAGUCAAUGGAAUUACCAGAACAUUUCAACAGCCACCAUGGCUUUUUGGUAGCAACUUGAAUCACUACCACCUUGAAAGGUUCUACUGGUUGAUGUGCAUACUCAGUGGCCUGAAUUUCAUUCAUUACCUCUUCUGGGCCAGACGCUACAAGUACAGGUUAAUAACGCCUGAGAGCUAUUGAUUAAAGAUUUAAUCUCCAGAAAGAUCUAGAGGCCUACUCAUCAAAAUCAUCCUAACCAGCCCUGUGAACCGAGUCACCAUAUCUGCAAGCUGCAGACAUGCAUGUCUAUAAUGCUGGGUCUUAGGCUCUAUUAGCCCUCUUAGCAUGCUUCUAUGUGGGGGUUUUAUCUCAUCCCUAAUGGCAUCUUGUACUACCAUGCUUAAAUUAGUACUAAAAAACAGCACAUGUAAUA